AUGAUUUUGAGCGGGCUGUUUGUUGAGCCCAAGACGCGCGCCUUUCUUGGUCGAUGGUCUUCAAAAGCAAAGGCGCUUUCCAAGCUUGUUCUCUGCCCCUACAACUCGCCGCCAACAACCCACGCCUGGACCUGCUAUUUGCCGUUUGAUCCGUUUGUUAAGAUGAUUAUCAAGGUCAAGACGUUGACUGGCAAAGAGAUCGAACUUGAUAUCGAUCCCGAUGACAAGAUCUCUCGCAUCAAGGAAAAGGUAGAAGAGCAAUCUGGUGUACCACCGCCACAACAGCGUCUCAUCUUUUCGGGUCGUCAAAUGGUCGACGAGAAGACGGCAGCGGAGCUCAACAUUGUCGCUGGGAGUGUAUUGCAUCUAGUGCUUGCUCUGAGAGGCGGCUACUAA